AGGCAUGAGAUGGGCUGUACUGGAGGGCACUGCCCUGACCCAGGACUCAGUCCCUCUGCUCACUUUCAGAGUCAGCAUCAGCUGGAGGGAAGAUGACUCAGACAUCAAAAUAUAGCAUAGAUUUAAAAAUAAUACAACCCUCAACGUUUGUUUUCCCCAGUACAGGUGUUCUGUGCCAAUUUUAGUUAGUUCAAAGCACAACUUACUCUGCUGAAACCACUUCAUAGUACAGUUACUAACUCUGAGGGUCCCCCUCCAGCCAGCAUGCACACACUCAGGAGGGAAGAGGCAUGGACUAAUGUACCUCGCUGUGACCCAGAGUAAUGAAGUGGACUGGGCUUGCAUCCCAGGCUCCUGCACAGGGGGUAUGACUGUUUCUGAGUUCUAUGCCUGCUGUAACCGUGUCUGCUCCUUGUUUCCUCUCUCCCAAACAGUGACUAUCUUCCCAUCAGUGUUAACUUUCCAUGAAGGUGGCAUAGCCACCUUCUCCUGCAAUAUCUCCAUGGAGAGUGACUCUGGCUCAGAGUACAGCCUCAACUGGUACAAGGACACCAACCACAGCCAAGCCCAAAAAAUAGCUGAGAUCAGCCCAAACAACCCCAGGAUGGAGACGGAGAAGUACCGGCUCACCAACCACACUCCUGUCUUCAAGAUUGAGAUCCGGAACCUCCACCAAAAUGACUCAGGCUCCUACUACUGUGGACUGAUCACCUUCUUUGAACCCAAUAAAUUCCUUUUGAUGGAGAGCAACCGGUCCCAGCUGAUGGUCACAGCAGCCCCUGAGAUGAAUCCCACUGAGGAGCCAGAGAUAGAGGAAGGCAACCCCUCAGACCACAUCAAGGCCAUGCUCCUGGGCAUCCUGCUUCUGGCCGGGGUGAUUCUGCUGCUGAUCUUUGGCUACCUCACCAUCACAUACAGGAGAGGAGAUGUGCAGAAACCAUCAAGUGAAAACAUGCCAGCGAAGGAAGAGAAGCCCCCUGUGGUGUCUGUAUCCACUGUAGACUAUGGUGUGCUGGAGUUUCAGAGGGAUCAGUGCACCCAGGUGCCCCCCAAGACCCAGCCAGCUGACCAGACAGAAUAUGCCACUAUCAUCUUCCCAGAGGAGAAACCCGUCACGCCGGAGCGGGGCAAGAAACGUCAGGAUGAGAGGACUCGACAUCUGUGCUCACAGCCCUGCUGAGGAUCAGGGUCCCUCCUCACCAGGGUGUGGGCAUGAACAUGCUGCCCCGGUCCCUUGCUCCCACUGCAGUUUGCAGUUGGGAAAAAUCCAGCAUACCAGGACUGAAACAACAGAGACACUGCUGCUGGAGUUGAUAUCAGACAGUCCUGGCCAUGGUGUUAUCGUGGCCGUGGGGUGGGUACCACAGGAUGAGGAAAGUCCCUGCUGGGCUCCAUGUGCUGCCUCUUCGCUCAAGGCAGGGAGGAUGGGCUGGGACAAAGCAGUGACAUCAACAGGUCUAUCCCAAAGGCGAUUUACGUCAUGCCUCAGUUUUCUACCUCUACCCAGGGCUCUGUGGAGUGGCCCUGCUGCUUCCCUUCCCCAGGUCUGACCCAACUAGGAAAGUACGACUGUUGGAGGAAAUGCUGGAGGCCAGAGCUGGAGUGGUUCCUGUGAGAUGCUGCUCAUGGAAACCCAGGGCUGAGGGCUUCUGCUUGCUCAGAACAGAGGCUGCCUUGUGUUCUGCUAUUUAAAGAAACCCCUGGGAAGUGGGCAGUUUUCCUCCUUUCUCCAGGCACUUUCCUUCUCUCCAAGAGGGGAGAUCUACCCCUAUGUCCUUCUGACCACAGGUGGGAGUCGAAUCUGGCCAUGGGGGUGAAUAAAGGAUUUUGCAUGAGG